GCCAAAGUCCCAGUACAAACCCCAGCGAGCGACGGUAUUUCGUCAUAGCCGCGCCUUCCACGAAGUACACAGUAGGCCCUGAUUGUGGAGAUCCACUAAUUGUUUUUGAAGGUUUCUGCAAGACCUAAUAAUAAGUGCUGGAGAAAGAGUUUGGGACCGACUGAGCGGCAGCCAUGGUCACUACACGUGUCAGUACUACUAGACUUCUUUCGCAGCCGCUCACUCGGCGCACACUUUCCCAACAGGGGCUCUUGUCGAGGCCGAUGUUCGCAACCACAACACGGUGCAUAUCCUGCCACUCAAGCCCUUUCUCCUCCUCAUCAGCACUCUUCUCCAAGCAUACCGCGCCCACCACGUCCACCACGCCCACCACACAAGCGCCCAAACCCAGCAAACCGCCCAAACCGGACUGGCGCACCAUGGCGCAAAAGGACAUCACCAACUACCUGCGCGUGACGCACGACCGCGUCUUCGAGCACAACCGCAGCUGGGCCGAGAACAAGAAGGCUAGCGACCCGGACUUCUUCGUCAAGCUGUCGGCCGGGCAGGAGCCCGAAUACCUGUGGAUCGGGUGCAGCGACUCGCGGAUCCCCGCGGAGCAGAUCACGGGGCUGGAGCCGGGCGAGGCGUUUGUGCACCGCAACAUCGCCAACCUGGUGUGCAACACGGACCUGAACGUCAUGAGCGUCAUCACGUACGCGGUCGAGCACCUCAAGGUCAAGCACAUCGUCGUGUGCGGGCACUACGGCUGCGGCGGCGUCAAGGCGGCCAUGACGGCCCGGGACCUGGGCCUGCUCAACCCCUGGCUGCGCAACAUCCGCGACGUGUAUCGUCUGCACGAGAAGGAGCUGGACACCAUCGCCGACGAGGGCGCCCGCUACGACCGCUUGGUCGAGCUCAACGUUUACGAGCAGGUGCGCAACGUGAUCAAAACGGCCUCGGUGCAGCAGUCGUACGCCAAGAACCGCUUCCCCGUCGUGCACGGCUGGGUGUUUGACUUCAAGGAUGGGCUGCUCAAGGACCUCAAGAUCAAUUUCGAAACCAUCUUGGCGGACAUCCAAAAGAUCUACGACUUGACAAAGUAACGACCCGACGGGGCGAGCGGGAGUUCGGAGGGUUCUGCCGUUAGGGGACCCUGCUGUUUGGCUGGC